UCUCCUCUGCCCCCAAAUAUAAAGUUUUUUUUUUUUUUUUUUCCUUUUUUUCAACCUCUGGGUUUUUGCUGUUCUUUGUUUCCUCUGUAUGAUUGGGGAAACAGAGGAAAUUGUAUUGACGAGAUUCCCGAAAGGAAGAAGCAGAAAAUGAAACAGGGAAUGUGAGAAGGUUUGUUGUUAUCUUCUGUGAUUUCGUGCCUCUGUUGAAAAUGGGUGUUGCAUGAGAAACCCUGCUGCAGUUUACCUUCAACUUCGCUACUAUUAAUGGCAGCCUCAGCUCUGGCCGCGGAGCCGACGCAAGAGGUACUUUCUUGGCUCAAAACCCUACCUUUGGCCCCAGAAUACCACCCAACUCUGGCCGAGUUUCAAGAUCCAAUUUCAUACAUUUUCAAGAUCGAAAAAGAGGCUUCCAAGUUUGGAAUCUGCAAAAUUGUGCCCCCUGUGCCCCCUUCACCGAAGAAAACUGCAAUUGUCAAUCUCAACAGGUCACUUGCUGCUCGUGCCGCCUGCUCUGACUCGAGUAAUUCCAAGUCGCCGCCUACAUUCACAACUCGCCAGCAGCAGAUCGGGUUUUGCCCGCGAAAAACCCGCCCAGUUCAGAAAUCAGUGUGGCAGAGUGGCGAGUACUACACAUUCCAGCAAUUUGAGGCUAAGGCGAAGAGCUUCGAGAAGAGCUAUUUGAAGAAAUGUGGGAAGAAAGGGGGGCUUUCACCUUUGGAAAUCGAAACGCUCUAUUGGAGGGCAACUCUGGAUAAGCCGUUUUCGGUGGAAUAUGCGAACGAUAUGCCUGGUUCAGCGUUUGUGCCGGUUAGUGCAAAAAUGUUUAGGGAGGCAGGGGAAGGCACGAUGCUUGGUGAGACUGCGUGGAACAUGAGGGGGGUGUCCAGGGCGAAAGGGUCUCUGUUGAGGUUUAUGAAGGAAGAGAUUCCAGGAGUUACUUCUCCAAUGGUGUAUGUUGCUAUGAUGUUCAGCUGGUUUGCUUGGCAUGUAGAAGACCAUGACUUACACAGCUUAAAUUAUAUGCAUAUGGGGGCGGGAAAAACAUGGUAUGGCGUACCGAGAGACGCUGCUGUGGCGUUCGAGGAGGUUGUUAGGGUUCAGGGAUAUGGAGGAGAAAUUAAUCCCCUUGUUACUUUUGCUGUUCUUGGUGAGAAGACCACUGUGAUGUCACCGGAAGUUCUAGUUAGCGCGGGGGUUCCAUGUUGCAGGUUAGUGCAAAAUGCAGGUGAAUUUGUUGUCACUUUUCCUCGAGCUUAUCAUACAGGUUUCAGUCAUGGAUUCAACUGUGGGGAGGCAGCCAAUAUUGCAACUCCAGAGUGGUUAAGGGUUGCUAAAGAUGCUGCAAUUCGUAGAGCUUCAAUCAAUUAUCCUCCAAUGGUCUCUCAUUUUCAGUUACUAUAUGAUCUUGCUCUAAGUUCGAGAACACCUCUGUGGAUUGGUGCUGCACCAAGAAGUUCACGGCUAAAAGAUAAAAAGAAGAGUGAAGGGGAAACAGUGAUAAAAGAGUUAUUUGUACAGAACAUUGCAGAGAAUAACAGCCUGCUGCACAUUCUUGGGAGGGGUGCUUCAGUUGUACUUCUUCCCCAAGGUUCUUCAGAUUCUAUUUAUUCGAAACUGCGUGUUGGAUCGCACUUGAGAGCAAAACCUAGAUUUCCUGCUGGUUUUUGCAGUUCCAAGGAAGCAACUAAAUCUCCUCAAAGUUUUGAUUAUGAUAAUCUCACACUAGAAAACAGCCAGGGAAUAAAUCGAGUUAAAGGUUUCUAUUCAGCUAAUGGACCAUAUGCUACUCUAUCUGAGCGAAGCACUGAUAAUUUAUGUGCUUCAAGUUCAAGAACUUUGAAUGCCAACAACAAACGAGGUGGUAGUGCUAAUUGUGAUGGGUUAUCAGAUCAAAGACUGUUUUCUUGUGUCACAUGUGGUAUUUUAAGCUUUGCCUGUGUAGCCAUCAUCCAACCCAGAGAACAAGCUGCUAGGUACCUUAUGUCAGCUGACUGUAGCUUCUUUAAUGACUGGGUAGCUGGUUCUGGAAUAACCAGUGAAGGGAUUGCUAUUCGAGAUGGGCAUGCAGUUACUUCUCAGCAGAUUAGUAAUAGUGGAAAAAGAGAAAAGUGUGUCUCUGAUGGUUUGUAUGACGUCCCAGUCCAUGCUGUCAAUCGCCAGCUUCCAGUAGCAGAUCAAAGUUACGAAGCUAAUUCAAAUACUGAAAACCGGAAAGAAACUUCUGCCCUUGGCAUGCUCGCAUUGACUUAUGGACAUUCCUCUGAUUCUGAGGAGGAUAAUGCUGAUGCAGAUGCUGUGUUAAAUGCGGAUGAUACUAAACUGAUGAUCUGUUCUUCAGAAGAUGGCUAUCAGUUUGAGAAUUCUGGUCUUACUUCUAAUGAAUAUUGCAAAAACAGUGCAACUUUGGAUCAUAAUCCCUCUUCAUUUAGUGUUAAUACUGCAGAUCAAAUGGACUUUCAAGUCGAUGACUAUGAAGAAUUUGGACGAGCUAGAUUUGAUUCCAAAGACUCUUUCAAUUGUUCUUCUGAUGAAAUUGAUGGCAUAGGUUCAACUAAGAAAAAUGGCUUGUCAACUAGAUAUCAGGAUUCACAUGUGAAUAACAAAUCUCCCUCAGAUGGCGAUAUUGAAAAACCAAUGUUUGACAAGACCACUGAACCAGUGGAAAUUGAGAAUAUACCAUUUGCUCCAGAUAUCGAUGAAGACUCCUCGAGGUUGCAUGUAUUCUGUCUGGAACAUGCAAAAGAAGUGGAACAACAACUUCGCCCAAUUGGAGGAGUGCAUAUUCUUUUACUUUGCCAUCCAGACUAUCCGAAGAUGGAGGCAGAAGCAAAAUUGGUGGCAGAAGAAUUAAGAAUGGACCAUCCAUGGACUGAUACGAUGUUCAGAGGAGCCACUCAAGAUGAAGAAAAGAGGAUUCAGUUAGCUUUAGAUAGCGAGGAUGCAAUUCCGGGUAAUGGAGACUGGGCUGUAAAGUUAGGAAUUAAUCUCUUUUAUAGUGCCAACCUCAGUCACUCUCCUCUUUAUAGUAAGCAGAUGCCAUACAAUUCUGUUAUUUAUAAUGCAUUUGGUCGUAGUACUUCGGCUAACUCUUCUGGGAAGCCAAAAGUCUAUCAAAGGAGGACUGGCAAGCUGAAAAGAGUUGUUGCAGGGAAAUGGUGUGGGAAAGUCUGGAUGUCAAAUCAAGUUCAUCCUUUGCUAGCAAAGAGAGAUCCUCAAGAAGAAGAUGAAGACGUCAUCUUCCAUUCUUGGACAAUGUCAGAUGAGAAGGUUGAUAGAAAACCAGAAAAUAUCCAGAAAAAUGAGACUGUUAUGGUAAAUAGAAAGUCUGCUGGCAAGAGAAAAAUGGCUUCUGGGAGCAGAACAACUAAGAGAGCCAAACCUAUAGAGACAGAGGACAUGGUUUCAGAUGAUUCGGUUGAAGAUUGUAUUCAUCAGCAUCAUAGCAUUCUUCGAAACAAUCGAUCUAAAUUUGUUGAGAGCAAUGAUGCUAUGUCGGAUGAUUCUGUGGAGGAUGAUUCUUGUAAAAAACGUGGAAGAGUUGCCACCAGCAAGGGAGGGGCAUAUUGUGGGACGGAUGAUACAGGUUCAGACGAUUCUCUUGGAUAUCGUAGUAAUCAGCGGCGCCUAGGCUUUUGUGGAGCUAAGCUGCCCAAAUGGGGUGAGAUAGAACCUGUAGUUUCUGACGAUUCCUUUGAGCACGAUUCUUCUCAACAUCAGAGAAAAAAGAGCAAGAGCAAGAUGGAGAAACAUUUCGAGAGACAAGAUGCGCUUUCAGAUGAGUGUCUGGAGAGUGGUUCCCUUAAGCAGUGUAGUAGGAUUCCGAGAGGCAAGCAAGCCAAAGUUUUUAAAAAUGUCAUUUCACAUGAUAUAAGGGAUGAUAGUUUUCUUUGGCAUCAUCAGAGGACGUCUAGAAGCAAGAAGGCCAAAUCUAUCGAGAGUGAAGAUGCAGCUUCAGAGGGCUCCCUAGACAAUAAUUCUCAUCAGCAUAGGAGUAUGCCUCGAAGCAAACCGGACAAAUGCGUUGUGAGGGAAGAUGCAUUUUCAGAUGAUCCAGAAGAAGAUGAUAGUUCUAUUCUGCAGCAUUGGAAAAUUAAAAGAAACAUGCCAUCCAAAUACAUUGAGAGAGAAAAUACGUCGGACGACCAACUUGACAAUGGUGCUAAUCAGGGCAGGAGGAGGAUGCUUCGGAGUAAGCCGGUCAAGACAGAGACAAUUCCUCAAAUGAAACAAGAGAUCUCGCGACCUGCAAAGCGGGGAGCCUCUCAGACUUUGAAGGAAGAAUUCUCUCAAUCUCUGAAACGUGGAGCUCGUCAUAUGUUGAAAUUAGAGACCCCACAGCCAAUAAAACCACAUGCCACAAAUCUGCGAGGUAAGCAAGCUAAGAGGAAUAGUAAAUUUACUGAUGUAGAAUCAGAGGAAGAGCAACCAGGUGGACCUAGCACACGUCUUAGAAAAAGAACUCCAAAGCCUACUAAGCUUUCUGAAGCGAAGGUGAAAGAUAAAAAACAAAUUGGUAAGAAAAAGGUGAAGAAUGCUUCAUCUUUGAAGACUCCAGCAGGGCAUAGAGAUUCGAAAGCAAGGGAUGAGGAAUCAGAAUAUCUUUGUGAUAUCGAGGGUUGCAACAUGAGUUUUGGUUCAAAACAAGAACUUGUCUUGCACAAACGAAAUAUCUGUCCUGUCAAGGGGUGUGGAAAGAAGUUUUUCUCGCACAAGUACCUUGUGCAGCAUCGUCGGGUACACAUGGACGAUCGUCCCCUCAAAUGUCCAUGGAAGGGCUGCAAGAUGACUUUCAAAUGGGCAUGGGCCCGAACAGAACAUAUUCGUGUUCAUACAGGCGCCCGACCUUACGUCUGUGCUGAACCAGGAUGUGGUCAGACGUUCAGAUUUGUGUCGGAUUUCAGUCGUCACAAGCGGAAGACUGGACAUUCGACGAAGAAAGGUAGAGGAUAAUACUGCGGCCGAUGAAUGUGUUACAUGGAUAGUUAUUCUGUUGGUCAAUUGACAGAUUUAGGGUUAGAUAUAGGGAUAGGUUUAGAACAUCCCUGUAAUUAUUAUCAUUGAGAGUAACAAUUAAUUCUGUUGUGCUGUCUGUGUUCGUUGGUGCUAUUUAUUUCCUGUAAACCUGAGCAAUUGCUUGGAUCUUCAAAACAUUCUUCGCCAAUGAAUGUCAGAUGCUAAUCCUCAUCUUGGUUGGGGGUUGGACAUUACCCCUUCUGGGAACUUUGUGCA